CUGACAUCUGCAGGGCGAAGAUAAACUGAGAACCUUCCCUGCUACUUGCUGUAUCUCCUUCCCCAUCCCCACUUUCGUUUUCUGUUCUCUCUCUGUGACGCUCUGUUCUUCCCGUCGUCGAUCGCUCUCGACUUGAAGGAUGGCACCGUACUUUCUACGAAACCUCGUUCCUCGCAAGGAGAAACGAGAGGACGCGAGACCUCUCUUGACAGUCUUGGCUAGCCUGACUUGGGUUCAAUGGGCCCAAUUUUGGUCUGGAUGGUUAGCAUGGACCUGCGACGCCAUAGAUUUCUUCUCGGUUUCUCUGAGCGUCAUACACCUCCAAGAUCAGUUCGGAAAAUCGACACACACUAUCACGACAUCCAUCACCUUAACGCUUCUGUUCCGCUCGUUGGGUGCAGUAAUCUUCGGAAUCGCCUCUGACCGCUUCGGACGCAAAUGGCCUCUAGUCGCCAACCUCAUCCUCGUCGCCAUCCUCGAACUCGCCGCCGGCUUCGUCAACACCUUCCCCGAAUUCCUCGCCCUCCGCUCGCUCUUCGGUAUCGGAAUGGGCGGGGUAUGGGGUCUAGCCGCUUCCACCGCCCUCGAGAACCUCCCCGUCGAAGCCCGCGGCAUCGCUUCAGGCUUCCUUCAAGAAGGUUACGCUGUCGGCUACCUCCUCGCCGCGUGUAUCAACCUCAAGCUCGUGCCCAGUGUCGAACCGGGGUGGAGAGCUUUAUUCUGGACUGCGGCUGCGAUUAGCUUGUUCGCUGCGGGCGUUCGCGCGGUUGUACCCGAGAGCGAAGUGUUCUUGAGGGCGAGAGAGGAGGAGAGGAGGAAGGGCAGUGUUACGUCUGCUGGUACCAAGACUAGAAUAUUCUUGAAGGAGACGAAGGAGAUGUUGAAGAACCACUGGAUGCUUUGUAUUUAUGCUGUACUACUGAUGACCGGAUUCAACUUCCUCUCGCACGGCUCCCAGGAUCUCUACCCCACCUAUCUGCAGACCUCGAAGAACUUUACCCCUCACGACGCAACCAUCGCAACGAUUAUCGGAAACUGCGGUGCUAUAACCGGUGGUGUCAUCGCGGGAUACGUCAGCCAGCACAUUGGCAGACGGUUGACCAUCGUGAUAUUCGUAUGUCUUGUGGGAGCCUUUAUCCCACUAUGGAUCCUCCCAUCCUCUUUCGGAGGUCUUUCCGCCGGUGCGUUCUUCCUCCAAGUAGGGGUUCAAGGCGCUUGGGGAGUGAUCCCAAUCCAGCUAGCCGAAAUGUCGCCACCGGCUUUUCGAGCCACAUUCCCUGGCGUCGCGUACCAGAUUGGAAAUAUGAUAUCCGCAGCGUCGGCACAGAUCGAAGCAACUGGGGGCAACAACAUGAAGACUACAAUCAUAAAAGACGGUGUUCCCACUGUAGUCCCGGAUUACGCCAAGGUACAAGGCAUCUUCAUCGGUGUAAUCGCCGCAUUCGUGAUCUUCAUCACCAUAAUCGGGCCAGAAAACCAUGGAUCGCACUUUGAAAAGUCGAAAGCUGCGUUCGAAGAGGGCGCAGCUACGGAUGGUUUGAGAGAUUCGACUCAGACUCAGGCUCAGACGCGAUCGGGCGCUGACAGUGCGUUGGACGACGGAGUUACUUCUUUUGAUGUCAAAGCCACGGAGAAGGAGGAGAAGGUGUAG